ACCGGAAAAUAUCCCAUUUUGAUUUUUGAAGGGAGCCGUGGUGCUAUUUGAAUCACCGCUUUUGCAUCGUCAAAAUCCUCUUUUUCCAAAACCCCAACCCCUUGGCGGCUCCCUCUCCUGUUUCUCUCUCCUAGGGUUUUUCUCUCUCCGGCAAAACCCCUGCGCCUUCUUCGUUAACGUUUUCAGGGUUUAGGGUUGCUCCCCUCCACUGCUCAUCUACUCUGAAGAUCGGAUCAUGGCGGCUGUGGCUCAACCUGUAGAUCAACCUGCAGAUUUACUGCAGAAAUUGUCGUUAGAUUCUCAGCCCAAGACUCUUGAAGUUCCUGAAGCCACCAAGAAGGCUUCUGCCAUAACGUAUGGAUCAGUUGAUGCUGGUGGACUGCCAAACGGUCAAAAUCAGUCAGAGCGGUCUUCGACUCCUCUCCUUCAGGACUUCGUGGAUCCAACAAUGUGCUAUCUUCCUAAUGGAUAUCCAUCUACUGCAUAUUAUUAUGGAGGUUAUGAUGGGCCUAUUAACGAGUGGGAUGACUACCCUAGAUAUGUAAAUCCGGAUGGAGUGGAGAUGCCUCCUGGAGUUUACGGGGACAAUGGAUCACUCAUGUAUCACCAUGGUUAUGGAUAUGCUCCUUAUGGUCCAUACUCCCCUGCAGGUUCCCCAGUGCCUACCAUGGGGCAUGACGGUCAGCUUUAUGGGCCCCAACACUACCAGUAUCCUGCUCCUUAUUAUCAGCCACCAACCCCCCCUAGUGGCCCUUACACUCCUAACCAGCCUGCUGCUCCACAAGGGGAUGUUUCGACCUCUGUUGCUCCUGAGCCAGUGCCUUUGCCAGUAGAAGCAGCCAAGGGAAAUAGUAAUGGGAUUGCAAAUGGAAAUGCAAACGCAAACGGAAAUAAUGCAUCAGGCCCAUUAAAACCCAGCUACCAAAAUCCAUCUUUUAACUCCAAUGGCUCGUAUGCGAGGGGUGUCUUGCCUGGAGGCAUCCCUGCUUCUGGUUAUCAGGACCCUAGAUUUGGUUUUGAUGGGAUGCGAUCACCAGUUCCGUGGAUAGAUUGCCCAGUCUUUUCUGAUGGGCAGCCUAGACCUGUUACAAGCAGCUCUGUUUCUUCAAACGUAUCACACAUCAGUAAUGGUCCUUCUGGGAGAAAUCAGAAUCUUCGCCCCAUGCCCCAUCUUAUGGGCUUGCACCACCCGAGACCCACAUCUGGUAUCAACCCUACUCCAGGAUUCAUGAACAGGAUAUACCCAAACAACAGGAUGUAUGGUAGUAAUACUGUUAGAACUGGUCCAGGUUUUGGAUCAAAUGGUUAUGACUCCAGGGCAAAUGGGCGUGGGUGGUUGGCUGUUGAAAGCAAGUACAAAAACAGAGGACGGGGCAAUGGUUUCUUUGGUUAUGGGAAUGAGAAUAUGGAUGGUCUGAAUGAACUGAAUAGGGGACCAAGAGCCAAAAGCUUUAAAAAUCAAAAAGGGUUUGUACCCAUCACAUUAGCAGUCAAGGGACAGAGUCUCCCCUCAAAUGGAAAUAUUAAUGAAGAUAAGGACAAGGAAAAUUCAAGUUUGAAUCCAGACAGGGAACAGUACAACAAGACAGACUUCCCAGAGAAGUAUUCUGAUGCAAAAUUCUUUAUUAUUAAAUCUUAUAGCGAGGAUGAUGUCCACAAGAGCAUAAAGUAUGGUGUGUGGGCUAGCACACCCAAUGGCAACAAGAAGUUGGCAGCUGGAUAUCAGGAUGCUCAGGAGAAGUCUGAUGGCUGUCCUGUGUUUUUGUUUUUCUCGGUUAAUACCAGUGGGCAGUUUGUUGGACUUGCUGAAAUGGUGGGCCCAGUUGAUUUCAACAAGAGUGUGGAAUAUUGGCAGCAGGACAAGUGGAAUGGCUGUUUCUCUGUGAAGUGGCAUAUUGUAAAGGAUGUACCCAACAGUUUGUUGAAGCACAUCACUCUUGAAAACAAUGAGAACAAGCCUGUGACUAACAGUAGGGACACUCAGGAGGUCAAGCUUGAACAGGGUCUUCAAAUGCUCAAAAUAUUCAAGGAUCAUUCCAGCAAGACAUGCAUCCUGGAUGAUUUCGAGUUCUAUGAGUCUCGUCAAAAGAUGAUGCAGGAGAAAAGGGCUAAGCAACAGCAGUUUCAGAAACAGGUCCGGGAUGGGAAGCCUACUGACAUUGGUGCCUCUGAUGAGAACGAUAAAGAAACUGCUAGUGGAAUAUCAAGAUCACUGCAAUCUUUAGAGGUGGUGUCAGAUUUGCUGCAGGAACCAGCUUCUGCAGCAUCGGUUCUGUCAAAUGGUGAAUGCAAGAUGUCUGAAGAAAAUGGGUCGGUUGCAGGAGCUGCCCUAAAGUGUGCUAAACCUGCUGUGACAGAGAAAAGAGCUGUAGCUAAUGGUGGUGGUGUUGUAGCUAAUGGGGUGGCAAAUGGGUGCUAGUUUUCCAUAGACUUGAUUCCCUCACUGAAAUGGUCUGUAGUGGCUUGGGUUGCCUGGAAUAGUUGGUUCAGAAGUUUUGCUGCUAAUAAUAGAAUUCAGAAGCGAACGCUGACUGGCAUUCCCGGACUUGGUUCUCCAAUUCGUCUUUGCGGACUACAAAGUAAAAAAAUGUAGAUGAGGGAUGGUAAUGUCUCCUUAGAUUUUUCCUAGUUGUAGAGGGGCCGGUUCAACAUCAUCUUAGGAUCCUUGAAUAUUUGAGUCUUUCUUUUGCCUUUUAAUUUACCAUUAUGACCUCUUCUGGUUGGUGGGUAGCUCCUAACAGUUUUUCUUUUGGGGGUUUUGGUAUUUUCUUGUCCCUUUUUUAGAUUUUUAAUUUUUGGUUUUUCCUACUGUAAAUCUGCUUUGUAUCUGUAGAAGGACCAAUUAUCAGGUGGGAUGGUUCUUUUUUUUUUUUGUUUAAUUUACUUAUGUGCAAGAUUGGAUAGUGAAAUGCAAUAGAGUUGGAAGAGCAUGAAGAGAUUAUGUUUUCAGAA